AUGGCCGAUAACAGCACUUCGAUCGAGAUGCUCGAGCUCUCGGGCCUCCGCGCGCUUGUGACGGGCGGCGCCGGCUUUAUUGGCUCGCACCUGGUCGACGCAUGUCUCGCCGCCGGCAUGACCGUCCGCGUCCUCGACUGCCUCAUGGAGGCCUCGCAUGGUGCUGGUGCCGAUUGGCCCGAGUACCUGCCGGAGAGCGUGGAGAAGAUGUACGGCUCGGUGGCGGUGCGCGAGGAUGUGUUCAAGGCGCUGACCAACAUCGACGUUGUCUUCCACAUGAGCUCCAUCGGCGGCCUUGUUGAGGGCUCCGUCUUUAUGCACGAGAACGCGACGGGCAUGGCACUUAUGUUUGACGUCAUUGCCCAGCACAAGCUUCCCAUCAAGAAGAUCGUUGUCGCCUCCUCGCAGGGCAUCUACGGUGAGGGCCGCUACGCCUCGCCCGACGGCACCGAGUUCUCGCUCGCCGGCACCGGCGAAGUCGGCAUGCGCAAGGAGGCCGAUCUCGACAACGGCAUGUGGGAGGUCCGCUGUCCGAAGACCGGCGAGCCGACAACGGGCGCGUGUGUGCCCGAGUGCCAGACGCCGAUGCCGGCGAGCCCGUACGCCAUCUCCAAGAUGGCUGUCGAGCAGCUGGCCCUCGUCAUGGGCCGCGCCCAGGGCAUCCCCACCGUUGCGCUCCGCUUCGGCCUCACCUACGGCCCGCGGCAGUCGGUCAAGAACGCGUACUCGGGCAUCGUCUCCAUCUUCUCCACCAUGAUCCUCAACGGCAAGAACCCGAUCAUCUACGAGGACGGCCUGCAGACCCGCGACUUUACCUUUGUCGCUGACAACGUCGCCGCCCAGCUGCUGGUCAUGCGCGACCCGCGCGCCAACUACCAGGUCUUUAACGUCUCCACCGGCGUCGCCACCACCCUCAACGAGGUUGUCGAGAUCCUCGCCAACGAGUACGGCCGCCCUGAACUGACCGGCUCCCGCCCGGGCAAGUACCGCCUCAUCGACGCCCGCCACCUCGUCCUCGACUCAUCGCGCCUCCGCGCCCUCGGCUGGGCCCCGCAGUACACCGCCGCCAUGGGCCUCAAGGCCCAGGCCACUUGGAUCAAGACCCUGGGCGAGGUCAAGGACUACUUCUCCGACACAAUGACCAAGCAGGAGGGUGCCUCGUUUGUCCGCGGCUCCAAGGCGUAGCCCGCUGAUCAUGGCUUCCUCGUUUUGUACCAAUACACAUACUCACGCUGCC